AAACGGUUUUUAACACAGAACGCUUUCCUCAAAGCUUCUUCCGCAAGACGCCGUCGUUUUCCCCCUUAUAUCCUCAGGCAAUCCAUCUUCUUCUUCUAUCUGAAACCCUAGCUGGCGCUUGUUCUCGUUCGCCAUUAUGCAGGCCAGUGACAGGUUCAACAUCAAUUCCCAGCUUGAACACCUUCAAGCUAAGUACGUUGGAACCGGGCACGCCGACUUGAAUCGAUAUGAAUGGGCGGUGAAUAUUCAGCGUGAUAGCUACGCUUCGUACGUUGGCCAUUAUCCAAUUCUCGCAUACUUUGCUCUUGCCGAGAAUGAGUCCAUUGGGAGAGAACGCUACAACUUUAUGCAGAAAAUGCUUUUGCCUUGUGGUCCUCCCCCAGAAAGAGAAGGCGAUUGAGAACGUUAUUAGGAGUGCAUAUCCUGUUUGCUGGAAGUAGCCAUCAUAUAUCUCUUGUUGCCCUUAUAAAAAUGGUCACUGAGUUUGUAUAUCUAAAUCAUUUUGGUCAUUCCGUAAAAUUUUGUCAAUAUUCUCAUUAAGUGGAGGGGUUUGUUUGACAAAAAUACAUUCAAAAGGUGACCACGUUUAACGUGACAAUUUAAUGAGGAUAUUGAUAGAUUUUUCACGAAAUAUUCCAAAUGAUCUACGAUGUACAAACUCAUUGGUCUUUUUUAAUUUUCAUGUCAGAGACUAAAAUGAAGAGUUAUUUCAAUCUUACAAUUGGAUUGGAUACAGUUUUACUCAAAUAAAUCGGUUCUGAACCGAUUAUUUAACA